GAUAUCAACAUCUCACACCAGAUUAGGGGAGAACAUGAGACCACUCUGCUUCAUUCUCAUGUGUGCUGGCAGCAGUUGGGUGUUUACUGCAAACAUCAUUACACAAUCUCAGCUUUCAGUUACUGCCCAGCUUGACGACUCUGUGACUCUGCAGUGCUUCAUAAGCCAUUCUCCACGGAAUAACUACAUUUGGUUCAAGCAAACAUUUGGGAAGGCUCCACAAUACAUAUCGACAUCCAAAGCUGAUUCCAAUGACAGUAUAUUUUAUAAUGAAUUUCAAAAAAGCAAUCGUUUUCAAAUCCAGAAAACAAAAAGCUCAUUCAAUCUGUUAAUCUCAGCACUGGAGCCAUCAGAUACGGGAACGUACUACUGUGGAGUAGUGCGGCACAGUGACGUACUCUUCGGUAAUGGGACUGAGUUGUGUCUUUCUGAUGUACCUUUGGUAAAGGUUUUUCAGCCACCUGUUUUGACACCAGUCCAGUAUGGAGGCAGCGUGACUGUGAAAUGCAUCAUAACUGGAGUUAGGUACAGAGAUCACCAUCAUGUUUACUGGUUUUGGAAGACCAAGGAAGGAACCCAUCAAAGUUUUAAAACCUCAUCUGAAAAUAUAAUUCAAUAUAAUAGCAGCUCUGAAGAAUGUGUCUACAGCCUACAAAAGCAGAAUUUCAGCUCUUGGGAUGUAGGAACUUACUAUUGUGCCUUAACAAUGUGUGGGCAAAUCUUCCUAGGCAACGGAGCAGAGCUAAAUCCUUCAGGCCCUUAUGUUCGCAAGUCGAGGUUUAUGGUGACCCUCCUACUUCUGGGGCUUUUUGAUAUAUUUUUAGGAUUGUUACAUUUCUUGGAAAAGCUUUAA